AUGAAGCGUCCAAAGGAUGAUUCUGACGUUUCUGCCUUAUCGGAGGAUGAUGAUUAUGUACCAUAUGUACCGCUAAAAGAGAGGCGAAAGCAAAAGCUUUACGCAGUACGUCAGGCCCUCGGUAAUUUGGCCUACUCAGAACCCACAGAGUCAGAUCAUGAAGAGGCUGCGAUAGUAACUGAAAAUAUAGCCGAGAAGAAGACGCCUGACGGUCCUGUUUUGCCCUCCACCACCUUGGGACAAACCAAUGGGGAAGCGGAUGGACAGGAGACUGCUGGUCCUAAGGCCAAGGGGAGCCUUUUUGACACUAUGUGGGAACUAAAGAAACAAGCUGAGGAAAAGCGGGAGACAGAACGCGACAAGAAGUUGAAGGAGGAGGCUCUCAUCCUCAAUAGUGUCACCGAGAAGACCGCCCUCAAAGGUGUGGGGGAAAUUGCUAUGGGCAUCCACUAUGACAAGCCCAUCCAAACUGGCAAGGCUGGUUUAAAGCCUAUGAGAUUUGAAUUGGACGCCAUAGGAGGUGGUCAAAUGGACCAACAAGAGUGGCAUGAGUAA